AUGGCAUCCCAGGCUCAGAAACCUCUCUGCGAAGCGUGUAGGGUUGCUGUUAAUUAUGUAGCAUCUUAUGAGCUGAACAUCAAUGAUGUUUAUUUUACGAUGACCUGUUACUAUGAUGAAGAGUCUGAUGCACCUGUUUAUGUCCCCUUUUUCCAAGACCAAGCAGAAGUGAAGAGAGCACAUGCAAAGCAGUUCAUAAAAUACCUAAAAGAGCGUCAGAGUAAAAUCUGCCUUCCAGUGACUAAGAGGCCUGACAUAGAGUACUGGGGAACUGACCUGCAAGCUAUAGUGAUUGCUCUGGAGAUGGAGAAAGAGUUACACAAGCACCUGCAAGAGCUGAAGAGCUUGGCUUCUAAGAAUAGCGAAACUGAUCUCUUAGAAUUCCUGAAAAAGUUCUUGGUUAAACAGAAGAGGAACAUUAAAGUAUUUGGAAUACCAGCAUAG